UUGACAUGCUCAUGCAGUCAAGAACCGCCGAAUUUCAGGCGAACAGCCGUGAUCCACUUGGAGUAUUCAACUUGUCCAAAACAGCAAGCAUUUUGCACGAGGAAAGGGUCGCUUGGACCAUCGCACUCACGAGGAGUGGCGCAGCGCUCACCUUCGCGUGCGUUUAUAAAGGCGCAAUCAAGGCGAAACUCUUGUUGAGCGCCCACCCCAACUGUCCAUCAUGGCAGAAAAGUGGAAACCGCCGCGGGGUGGCAGCUUCACCUGGGUUGAAAUUCCAGUAAAUGACAUGGAGCGUGCCAAGGGCUUUUACAGCCAAGUCUUCAACUGGACUUUUGCGGACAGUGGCACAGAUGAUUCUCUUUUAAUCAACCGGGACCGAGAAGACGAAGUCCGAGGCGCCAUCAUUCGUACAUGCGAAAAUCUCGAACACAAGGUUGCUCCUUUGGUUUAUCUUUACUCCCACGACAUUGACAAGCACGUGUCUGCCAUUGAGAAGCACGGCGGGAAGAUUGUCAAGAGCAAGUACUCGUUGGUCAAUGACAGAGGCAUCGUAUCCGUGUUCCAGGAUACGGAGGGAAACAAGCUGGCGCUUUACCAUCAUCCAUCAGCAGACAACUAUGAAGCUUAAAUGACAGUUACUAACUAGCAGGGUGCAAAUGUCAUCGUUCAUAAUACAAUGCCAGUAACAAAAUCAACGCCUUGAUCUAGGCUAUCUCCCAUAUAUUUGUGGUCAUCUCAUAUGAUGCUGUAAAUAAAAGACAACAACAUCCCUUCGUUAGAUUCGUUACUUACUGCAAGUCAUGGCGUGAUCACGUAAUUGCAUUCGUUUAACUAUUUUUAGAAUAUUAAAUGCCACUGAAUCCA